CGGUGGGCCGCAGCCUGCCCGGCCCGGGGCUUAAAUGCGGGGCCCCAUGGUGCCGGCAGCUCAGUGGGGCGAGGCGCCCGGGGCCGCUGACCCGCGGCUCGCAGGGGCCCCGCGAUGAACGCCUUCGGGCAGCAGCCGCCCGGCGCCGCCCCGCACCCGCACCCGCACCCGCACCCGCCCCCGCACACCCAGGACCUCCUGGACGUGGCCGUGUACUGCGAGACCCUGGGCCCGUACACGCAGAGCCCGCACCCGGCCGCGCCGUCCGCGGGCUACGGCCUGGGCGAGUACGGCCCGGGCCCGGCCAACCCCUACCUCUGGAUCAACGGCGCGGCCUCUCCCUACCUGCCCGGGGCCAACGGGGCGUCCUUCCUGCCCGCGGGCUACGGGCCGGGCCCCAGGCAGCUGCUGGCGCCGGCCGCGGGCUUCGGGGGCGCGGAGCUGGGCUGGCUGUCGCUGUCCAGCCAGCAGGAGCUCUUCCGCAUGGUGCGGCCGCCCUACUCCUACUCGGCGCUCAUCGCCAUGGCCCUGCAGCACGCGCCCGAGAGGAAGCUCACCCUGAGCCAGAUCUACCAGUACGUGGCCGACAACUUCCCCUUCUACAAGAAGAGCAAGGCGGGCUGGCAGAACUCCAUCCGCCACAACCUCUCCCUCAACGACUGCUUUCAAAAGGUGCCCCGGGAUGAGGACGACCCAGGCAAAGGGAACUACUGGACGCUGGACCCCAACUGCGAGAAGAUGUUCGACAACGGCAACUUCCGACGGAAAAGGCGGAGGCGGGCGGAGCAGGGCGGCCCCGCCAAGGCGCGGGACGAGAGCCUCAAGCCGGCCGGCGCGCCCGCGCUGCUGGGCCUGGAGCCGCGCGCCUCCCCCGCGGGCGCGGAGCGCGGCCCCUGCUUCUCCCGCUUCACGUCCGGCAUGAGCGCGGCGGCCAGGCCGCUCCCGGAGGACCAGCAGGGCGGCGCCGGGUCCUGCUCCGCGGCCGCGGAGGACAGCCGCCGGGGCCCCGCCGGAGCCGCCUGCUACGGGCCGGGCCAGCCGCUGCCCGGCGGCUUCAGCGUCAGCGGCCGGGUGUACGGCCGGGAAGGGACGGAGGUCUGAGCCGGCCUGAGCUAGCUGCCGGCAGUAGGGACACGCACUGCCCCGGGAGAGGAGCGAGAGCCCGCGGGGCCGGGGGUCGCCCCGCGCCUGCAUUAAACGGG